AUGGAUUCUCUCCUUAUUUUUGAUUUCGAGGCUAUGCCUUUAACAGACAAGCAUACGGUGAACUAUGUAGCGGUUCAGAAACUCUGUAGGCUUUGUAAAGACGCCCCAAUGGAUGUGAUGGAGUGUAUGAAGUGUGGCCAGCGAAAGCAUGGGUUCCGGACUGUGGCCGAAUUCUGCUCCUGGAUUUUUUCAGGGGCAAACCAAGGCUACACAUGUCUUGCCCAUAAUUUCAAAGGGUACGACUCAUACCUUGUGCUGGAGUGGGUUUUUGCCAACGGGUACAAGCCCACUGUUAUCUUUAACGGUGGAAAGACAUUGUACAUGAACUUUCCCGCAUACAAAGUGGACUUUAAAGACACACUAAAUUUUAUGCCUUUUGCAUUGAGCAAGAUGCCAAAAACGUUUGGUUCCGAGCACAUUGCAUGCAAAGGCACUUUUCAACACAUCUUCAAUACCCCCGACCACCAAGAUUACGUUGGAACCAUCCCCCCUUUGGAAUAUUACGACCUCCCUGGAAUGAAGGAUGAGGCAGCACAGGCGCUGAGGACUUGGCACGCUGGCGAGGUGGCCAGGGGCGCCGUGUUCGACUUCCAACAGCAACUAGCAAGUUACUGCCACAAGGAUGUCGAGGUGUUGACAAGGGCAGUGCUAGCCUACGACCGGGAAUUUCGUGAAGCUGGGGGGAUCCCCGCGUUCAUGUCAGCUAUCACCUUACCUUCCUUGUGCAUGAAGAUUUUGCGCCAGAACCACCUACCCGAGCAGAGUGUAGCAGUGAUCCCACCCAGAGGUUACCGAGGGAACGAUGUUUAUUCGCUAAAAGCGCUACAAUGGCUCGAGUGCAAGACACAUGAGGAUGGGGUGUUCAUCCAGCAUGCAGGGAACGGUGGUGAGGUUUUUAAUCUGGUGGAGGAAUGGGAGUGUCAAUUCGACAAGCGACUGGCUAGCGAGGCUCACCUACAAGCUGUAGUGGGUGACGUUGAAUGUAGCAAAGUACUUGAGGCGCGUAAUGCUCUUUUCGGGGGUCGUACGAAUGCUAUCCAACUUCGCUGUGAUGCUUCCGAGGAACCCGCUGGGACAAUCAUCGAGUACAAAGACUUUUGUUCACUUUAUCCGUACGCCAAUUCUCGCAAAAAUUAUCCAAAAGGCCACCCGCAGGUCAUCACUUGUGACUUUGGGCCGGUAACAGAGUAUAAGGGGUUGCUCAAAGUACGGGUCCUGCCACCACGCGACCUCUACUUCCCAGUCCUCCCAAUGAGAAUUAAUGACAAACUGAUGUUUGUUUGUUGUCCACGUUGCGCUGAAGAGGAACGCCAGGAUAGGGGCUGCGACCACACCGAUAACGAUCGAACAGCCGUGGGUACUUGGACCCAUGUGGAGCUGGCCAAAGCCUUGGAGAAAGGUUACCGUGUCUUCAAAGUAUAUGAGGUAUGGCACUGUAAGGAAUGGGGCCAGCUGUUAGGGGGGUACAUCGCACAGUUCUUAACAAACAAGCAAGAGGCCUCUGGCUGGCCUGCAUGGUGCCGGACCGACGAUAAUCGGGAGCGCUACUUAAGAAAUUACCUGGAGCACAAGGGUAUACGGCUGGAUCCCCAGCGCAUCAAUCGGAACGAGGGACGUCGGUGCGUCAAUAAAAUCGCGCUGAACAGUAUGUGGGGGGAGUUCGGGGAGCGAGAUAACUCCCGGCGUACCGAGUACAUUAAACAUCCACCAGAGUUUUUCCGCCUACUGAUGAGUGACGAUGUUGAAGUGAGCGAUUGCCUUUUGUGA